CCCAUCCACCACCUCUCUCAAAAAAUGUAUCCACAUAGCACACAGAAACUCCAUCGAUUCGCACAAGAAAUGACUACUUUCAUCAUCUAAUAGUUGAAAUAACCAAAGAAAGAACAAUCUUCCACUAAAUGAAGUAAAGCCACCGAGCUUUUACUCUCUUCUCUUAUUCUCCUGUUAACCUUCAAAGUGUACCUCUUCUUAACAUAUACAGUAUAUCUUUUUCCUCUCUACUGUUUAAGCUAUAGAGAGAGGAGAACUGCUCUUACUUCAAACUCUAGAACUAGAAUAAGGUUGUUACUUCCCAGAAUAUGACUCUUGAAGAUUCCUUAAGAUCUCUCUCUUUGGAUUAUCUCAACCUUCUCAUCAACGGUCAAGCUUUCAGUGAUGUUACUUUCAGUGUUGAAGGUCGUCUGGUUCAUGCUCACAAAUGUAUCUUAGCUGCUAGGAGUCUUGUUUUCAGGAAAUUCUUUUGUGGGCCCGAGUCGCCUGGUGGCGGCCCGGAACCAUUAAGCUCAAGAAUGAGUUCCGCGGGCGUCAUCAGCCCGCGGGGUACAGGUGGUUUACAGGUAAUACCUGUAAACUCAGUAGGGUAUGAGGUAUUCUUGUUGAUGUUGCAGUUUUUGUACAGUGGACAAGUUUCAGUUGUGCCACAGAAACAUGAAUCAAGGCCUAAUUGUGGGGAGAGAAGCUGUUGGCAUACACAUUGUACCUCAGCCGUUGAUCUUGCACUUGACACUCUCGCAGCCGCUAGAUCUUUUGGUGUUGAACAGCUCGCUUUGCUCACUCAGAAGCAAUUGACAAGCAUGGUAGAAAAGGCUUCAAUUGAGGAUGUGAUGAAAGUUUUGAUAGCUUCAAGAAAGCAAGACAUGUCCCAACUUUGGACUACAUGUUCCCAUUUAGUUGCAAAAUCUGGCCUUCCAGCAGAAGUCUUAGCCAAGCACCUUCCCAUUGAUGUUGUAGCAAAAAUUGAAGAGCUCCGCCUCAAAUCCUCCCUAGCGCGACGAUCCCUAAUCCCUCACCACCACCACCAACACCAUCAACACGACCUUAGCACGGCUUCAGAGCUCGAGGACCAAAAAAUCCGACGAAUGAGACGAGCUCUCGACUCAUCCGACGUCGAACUUGUCAAGCUUAUGGUUAUGGGUGAAGGCCUAAAUCUUGAUGAAUCAAUUGCCUUGCAUUAUGCUGUCGAGAAUUGCAGCCGGGAAGUUGUUAAGGCGCUCCUCGAGCUCGGUGCAGCCAAUGUAAACUACCCAGCCGGGCUAGCGGGCAAAACCCCACUUCACAUUGCAGCUGAAAUGGUGUCUCCGGACAUGGUGGCUGUUCUAUUAGACCACCAUGCCGAUCCAAAUGUACGAACGGUGGAUGGGAUCACUCCACUCGAUAUUCUCCGAACCCUAACAUCAGAUUUUCUAUUCAAAGGAGCUGUCCCUGGACUCAAUCACAUUGAACCAAAUAAGCUAAGACUUUGCCUCGAACUUGUUCAAUCAGCAGCCAUGGUGAUUUCUCGAGAGGAAGAAAAUGCAAACAACCCAACUUCCACAGCAGUAUAUCAACCCAUAAAUGAAGAUCACAGCACAAGCAAUGCUAGCAAUAUGGGAAACCUGAACUUGGAUUCAAGAAUGGUGUAUUUAAAUCUUGGUGCAACUUCUUCAGCUCCUCAUCAAAUGGGGUGUAAAAUGAACGAGGGAGAUAAUGAUAGCAGCCACAACAACAAACAGAAUCGGCACAGUGGCUUUGACCCAUCAUCAAUGUACCACCAUUCUCAUCAUGAAUAUUAAGCUAAAUUUCUCUCCAUUCUCUCCACCAUUACUACAUCUUUUGUCUCUUCUCCUUUUCUUUUUCUUCUAGAUAGAUAAAAAUAUCUAUGAUCCAUAUGAAACGAAGUGGGAAUGCAAUGCAAAUUCUGAUGAUCAUGAUUUUGUAUUAUAUUAUGGAGUAAGUAUUAGUGCAUCCGUUCCAAUU